AAGAAGAAGCUGUUGACUGAAUUGCAGCAAUUGACCGAGAGUGAAUGCACUAGGAUGUUACGGACUAUGCCACUGAACCUCUCUGUGAAAAGGGAACUCAGGCGUAUGACAUCGAACUGUAAAGAUCACAGAAGUGUUCCACUUGAUGAGAAUUUAUCAUGUUGGAGUCACACAAAAUACAAUAUGAUCAUCGCUGUCAGGCAAUGCUGGUAUGGAUUUCUUUCAUUUCUGUACACGUUUCACCUACGGCAGAUUGCCCUGAAACAGAUCAGUGGCCGCUUUGGAACAGGGGUGCUUUCAUAUUUCAACUUCCUCAAGAUGCUGCUGAUAUUCAAUGCUUUCCAUCUUGUCAUGAACAAUUUCUUCAUUGUCAUUCCCCAAGCUACUCACCCCCCUGAAGUCCCAGAAGGGCAAUUCUUCGGCCUGGAGCUCUUGACUGGCAUUGGAUACUUCACAGACACCGUUCUAUACUACGGGUAUUAUACAAAUAACACUUGGCGUUUCUUGCACAGAGGAUACAAUAAUAGUGCUCCUUUUGUAUCGUAUAAUAUGCCAAUAGCAUAUAUUUACACGAUUGGAGGGUCUUUCUUCAUCACCUGCAUAAUCCUGGUCCAUUGCCUGUCCAAAGCUUUUGGAGAGAGUUACAGAGUGGGCAGCACCUAUGGAAAUCUGGUGACAAAAGUGUUCUGCUCUUGGGAUUUUAAAGUGACCCAAAAACAGUCAGUUGAGUCGAAUUAUGAGAACAUCAGCACCCGGUUAAAAGAGUCUCUUACUGAGCACAAAUUCCGUGCUCGUCACUCCAGUAUUGCUCAAUGGUUGCUGAAUCUAAUAGUUCAUAUUCUGGGCUGGAUGCUGUCCUUGGGGAGUGUUGUUGGGUGUGCUGUUGGAAUUCAUUACUACUCAGAAAGCAUGCUGAAGGAUUAUUCACAAGAUAUCCAACAAGGAAUUCCUGAGAAGCAAGUAGAGAGCAGGCUGCUAACACUUCCCUUGAUUGUGUCAGUUAUUAAUCUCGUGAUGCCCUACGUUUACAAUCUAAUUGGGUUACUGGAAAAAUAUGAUUUCCCACAGCAACAGAUCUAUGUUUCCAUUACCAGAAAUCUGCUUUUGAAGUUAGCCAUUUUAGGACCACUUUGCUUCCACUGGAUGGGAAGUAAAUUAAAAGCAACAGCAGAAAUAUCAUGUUGGGAGACUUUCGUAGGGCAAGAAAUAUACCGUUUGCUGGUGGUAGAUUUUAUAUUCAUUAUUUUGGAUACAGUUUUCGGAGAAUAUGUCUGGAGGGUCAUUUGCAUUAAACUGCUGAAAAGGAAAAGAAAGCCUGAGUUUGACAUUGCCAGAAAUGUGUUGGAUUUGAUCUUUGGACAGACACUCACAUGGUUGGGUCUCGUGUUUGCACCACUGCUGCCUGCAAUUCAAAUGAUCAAAUUUAUUGUUGUCUUCUAUAUUAAAAAGCUCAGCUUAAUGAAGAACUGUCAACCUCCACACAAACUCUGGCGAGCAUCUCAUAUGAUGACUAUCUUUAUUAGUCUGCUGUGUUUCCCAUCAUUCCUUGGAGCCACUGUUGUUUAUUCUUACACCAUGUGGUACUUAAAGCCAUCACUAUCAUGUGGCCCCUUCCGAACACUGGGCGCUAUGUGUGAUUCUGUCACAAUUUGGGUUCAAAAACUGGAUGAAAAUGGUCCUAAAUUUUUUAAGUAUUCAUGGAUCUUAGUGAGAAAUCCUUUCAUCUUCUUCUUGGCAUCAGGCAUCCUACUAGUAGUGAUUUAUUUCCAUUGCCAAGUUGUGGAUGGUCAAAGGAAGAUAAUUAAGUUAUUAAAUGAACAAAUUGCGAAUGAGGGAGAUGACAAGAAGUUUCUUAUUGAUAAACUCCAAGACUUCAACAGAGAAAAAUUUAAAUUUCAAAAGAAGAGACGGACACAAAGGGAAGAUGAGGUUUAUCCUGACAACUACUAGAAGGAAAGAAGAUAUCAUGUUUCCUCUGGUUGUGUUGACAGAGCCAACAAGACCAAAAUAGUGAAGCAGCUGAUAUGACUUGACUCUGAAUUAUUAAGAGAUGCCUGGAAUUGUAUUUUUUUUUGUUGAGUUAUUUGGCUGUCUGCACUUUAAGUUGUAAAGAUGCAGCAUGUUAAACAAAACUGGAGUCACUGCAGCAACACCAUAUUGUGAAUAUGAUAUCCACUUCAUUAGCACCUUUCAAUAUUUCAAACUGAUUUUUACUUUGUCACAUUUUGCUUUGUUGGAUUUGAAUUUUCUGUAAAUUAGCUUCCAGGUUUGACUUGCGUUCUUUCCUGGACCCAAAAUCAGUCAGAGAGGAAAUUGGUUGCAUCUCCUUGGGAGUUUCCAUGAUGAAUCGCUUUACAAAUUGUGCAAUUGGUUAUUCCCUUGUUGACAGAAGUACAGUACUGCUUAUAUUUCCCUCUAAGAGCAUUAGUUGUACUGUUGAUGUCUCCAGCUUGUGGUAAUCCAUCUUGUAGUGGAAUUAUGCAGCAGCAAGUAUUUACACAUCAAUGUGUCACCCAAACAUAAAGUGCAAAAAGACGGUAUAACAAUUAUUGGUGAAUUUAAAAGUUCUGACUUUCGUAUUUAUAAUGUGGAUGGCAAUUCACUUAACAGUAGCCUAAAACAACCUCUAGCUUUUCAAAGUAACAUGCAGCAUUAAGAGUUCAUGUAACUUCCUCAAGUAUAAUUUUGUUGCAUUUGUAAUUACAGAUGUAAGUAUUGUAUGCUGACUUCAGAGUGACCAAAAACAAAAGAGGUGUUGCACUGACAGAUUUUUAAAAACAUUUUUAGUCUACAGUAAAUGGAGCAAAUUAGUUGCUCAUGCUUUUGUUCCUUAAAAUUCAGAACCAAACUUUAGCAUGUCUAAAGCCCCACUUUAUAGUAUGUGGAGACUAGGCUAACUUAUCUGGGAAAUAUCUCCACAGAAGUCUGUGAAUGUUGUUACUUGAGCUGUUGAAUGUCAUAUGAAAAGUCAUCAGAAAUUCUCUUCGUAUUCACUGAAAGAAAAGAAAUGCUCUUUUCACAGGGCUGCAACUCAGAUAUGUAAUAACCCCUCAGUUUAGGAACUUACAGGUACUUAAGCUUUUUUUAUUUUCAAGUACUGAUCCAUCAACUUUAGGUGAACUGUUGACUUUCUGAGCCAGGGAGUGAAAAUGUUUGGUUUAUUUAUAAUGUAUUGUUAUAAUCAGAUUAGGAAGGGUGACCUGAUUCCAUGUCCCACUCCUCUGUUGGUCACAGCAAUGUUCUUAAAGCUAAGAAGAGUGGUCAUAUUGCUAAUUAUUCAUAUCAGGUUAUAUAUAGCUCAAUAUAGUCAAGUCAGCCAAGUUCUUAAGUAGCAAAUACAGAACUAAUUUAUUACAAAUAAAACCUACUUGAGCAAAUGCAUAUAACUACCCUGUUUGAAAACUAACACACAUGCAUAUAUUCAAGUCUGGGGAAGAAAAAAGAACACUGUAAAGUGUUAUUUUAAAAGUACUUGGCCAAGUGACCGAUAACGUCACAAAAAAGAUGCACAGUUUAUCACAGAUGUUGGUUUGAGACCAAAGUCACUUUUUACACAUGCAGUUGGUACUGGGAUUUCUUCCUGUAUCAGUUUUGGCUGGAUGUAUUCAAUUUUUCAUGGAGACAGCAGGGAUAGUUUCAUGACCUCUCCUUUUGGGAAUCCUCUGCUUGAGGUAAAGAGGUUUUCCAAUGGAUUUUCAACCUUCACACUUUUGAAAUGGAUUUUAGAGGAAAUAGAGAAGGCCAAAGCUAUUACCAUGAAGCAAGUUGUCUAAGGUUGUCAAAUCUAAUCUCUACCUUCAUCCACAAAAUGGUUCAUAUGACCUCUCUUAAAAUGGCAUCUCCAAACAAGCAGGUUGUCCACUUUGCAAAUACAUUAUUGUUGCUAUUGCACUCAGUCUCCCUUUGAUUUGCAAUGUGCUGCUUAUAAAAUGGCCAAGACUCGAGUAUUUUUCUUUUAUUCAUUCAUGGAAUUGGAGCAUUGCUGGCUAGACCAGCAUUUAUUGUCCAUUUCUAAUUACCCAGAGGGCAGUUAAGAGUCAACUACAUUACUGUGGGUUUGAAGUCACAUGUAGGCCAAACCAAGUAAGGAUAGCAGUUCCCUUCCCUAAAGGACAUUAGUGAACAAGAAAUGUUUUUCCGACAAUCGAUAAUGGAUUCAUGCUUAUCUUUAGACUUUUAAUUCAGAUUUUUUUUAUUGAAUUCAAAUUCCACUAUCUGCCAUGGCGGGAUUCAGACCUAGGUGCCCAGAACAUUACCUGGCUGUCUGGAUUCACAGUCCAGCAAUAAUACCACAAGGCUAUCACCUCCCCUAUUUGUCCAGUCAAUGAUGUUCUGAAUUAAUACUUCAGAUAUACCUUCAUGAUAGUAUCAUGAUCUGUUCUGUGUUGUAAAUACUGUGCUGUAGCACACUUCAGAAAUUGGAUUUUGUGAUACUUUUGUCUUUAAUGUGUACUUUGAUUGUAGCCCAAUGAUCUGUCCUUGGCCUCUUAACUGUUUCUCAGCCACAGACAGCCCCUCAGUGACAUCCACUGAAAGCAGAGUGCGCUUCCAUGAAUAUGCUGACGUCACCCAGCUCUACCUCACUGCCACCUUUUUCGACCCUUUCACUAUCUCUCAACUGUCCGUCUGCCUGUCCGACAUCUAGUGCGAGAUGAGCCAAACUUGUCUGCAGCUAAAUAUUGAGAAGCAGUAACCAUUGUCUUCAGUCCCUAUCAUAAAUUUUGUUCCCUAGCCACUGACUUCAUCCUCUCCUGAGUGUCUGUUGGGGCUCGAAUCUGAUUGUUUGCAGCCUUGGUGACCUUUGACACUGACACUAUCUUCCUACCACAUAUCAGUGCCACCACUAUGAUUAAUUACUUCCACCACUGUAAUAUAGCGCAAUUCCUACGUGUCUCAGCCUAUUGUUUCCAAAAUUCACAUCCAGUCAUUAUUAUUUCUAUUCUAGACUAAAGUCUCACUUGCCAAUUUUCCUAUCUCAUUGACCUACUUUAGUAACCAGUUAAGUAAUAUCUCAGUUUGAAAAUUCUCACCCUUGCAUUCAGAUCCCUACAUAUUCUCAUCCGCCUAUCUCUCUAUUUCCUCCAGCCCUAAAACCCUCGGAGUUCUCCGUACUUAGCUAAUUCUGAACUCCUGAGCAUUCCUGAUUUCAGUUGCUGUGCAAUUGGUGGCCAUGCAUUUAGUAUUCAAAGCUUUAAACUUAAAUUCUCUCACUAAACUCCUCGCCUCACUACCUAUCUUUGUUCUGACAAGACCUGCUCUAAAACCUACCUGUUUGACUUGUUUACAGUCAUCCAUUAUAACAUCUCCUUACUUGGCUUUGACGAUGUUGCAAAAAGGAGACAAAAAGUUGAAACGUUUUUGUUUUGACUUGUCAGAAAUAAGAUGCAAGAAACUUAGUAGCCAAUGUGGGAGAUAUCCAUUAGCUCACCAUUAAGUGGGAAGUGACAUUCAUCUGAAAAGCUAAUUCUCACUUGUACUAGGUUCAGAUAAUUCCUUCUUAUGAAACUUAGUGUGGAAUUAUUUUGGAUCAUGUAGUUAAUGCUCUUAGUUUCAAUAGAAUGUAAAACUGUCUGUUUUUACUAUGUUUUUCUGUUUUAUUUAUAUAAAAGAUGAAAUAUAACUAUUUUUGCUGUAGCAUUUGUUAUUGAAUUAUAACAAUCUGAAAUGUAACAAUCUGUAAGAUGAGGAAUAAGGCUUCACACUUGCUAAGUGAGCCAUGAUUUUAUUUAAUACUAAUUGUUUCACACGUUCAGCUGUUGCCAAAUACCAUGGUGUUCUAUUGAAUUCAAUUUGUACACAUUUGUAUGAUGAAAAUGGUCUGAACUAUUAAACCGUACUGAAACUUGAAA